UACUCGGAAAAAGAUUUUUCGCCCCAACGUCCUCGCCUAGUCGGCAAAAGAUAGUUCUACGCAUGCGCAGUGACCUAUGGCUGGGGUUAGGGAUAGUUAUAGGCAGUAUGGGUUUAGGCUUAGGGAUGGGGUUAGAACUAGGGUUCUGCGGUUGUAAACACGCAUGCGCAGUACCAUCAAAAACAUCGCCGUGAAGGUAAGUGUUAUGCCUACUCCAGUUUGAAGAUGAGGUAAAGACUUUGACUAUGGAGGGAUUGUCCAGCGAGGAGAAUAGCUUUUGUGUAGCAGCGGAGGAUAUGAUAGAUACUAAUCUGUUAGAUAGGACAAGUCAUACAGUGCCGAAAUCUCUGUUGCUUGAACAAUGUUCUGCUGCUGAUAUAGAGAUGGCCUUAUCAGAGGUGAAACAACUUGGUACAGAGGAUAACGAACUUUUAACAGUUUCACAACCAAUGGAACACAAUUACUUUAUAACGAAAUCCCAAGGCCUUGAGGUUGGAAAAUAUGAUACUUUACUUGACUGUUUUAUGGAACUUACUGAUCCUGUACUGAAUGGAUAUAUUGUACGAAGCAUGCAGAUCUCCACUGUGAAAAGUGCUAAUUUUAAGUGCAGACAAAUAGCACAGAAACUAGAUCUUUUUGACAUAAAUAAUUUAUUAGUUUUUCAAAGGUUUCGUAAUGCUAUUGUUAAACUUUUAAAAAAUGUCCAGCUUUUGAGAAAACAGCUUAAAACAAACUGGAGCAGGCUUGUGGAGUGUCUCAAUACACCUUUUACUUUCAAUAUUGUGGGUAGAGUAAAAAGUACUGUAACAAGUGUAAUACCAACUGAGGAUUUAAUUACCAGUAAUCUAGAGCUUGUUGUGGUACAAGUAAAUACAUCUGGUAAGGAGAUUUCUUCUACUCAAGAAGAUGAUACUAGUGUGUCAGAGGAGGGUAUGAGGAAUACUAGUCCAUUAGGUGUGCCAGGUUUUUCUUCUGCUGAUAAACAAAUGACAGAUGAGAAAAGUAAACGUAGCAUUAGAGCUAAACAUAGGCUUUGGUUAAAAACAAACAGUUGUUCUAGGUGUCAUAUGAGUAAUCAAGCACUGCUCAAGAGUAAAAACAAAAUCAGAGACCUUAGAAAAAUAUGUCGCACUCAGCAGUCACCUAAAAUAGAAAGUUUACAACAAGCCUUAACCAACAAAUCCAUGGAGGUUGAGAAGCUUAAAUUAAAGAUUAAAUCCUUAGAAAUCAAGUUAAAGUACAAGUUAAAAUCUGAAUCAAAAAGUGAUUUAACACUUUCUUUUUUGGAAAAGGAGAAGGGUGAACAGCCCACAACUUCUACACAGGAAGAAUUAAGAGUAUUAAAAAUAAUGCAUACUAAGCUGCAAAAUAAAAUGCAAUUAUUUAAAGAAAUAAAUGAGAAAAAUUUGCUGGCUUUCUCCACAAAGCUGAAAUCUAAUCACAUUGAAAUAGAGCAGCUGAAGGCGGAGAUAAAAAAGCUGGUAGAAGAAAACAACACAUUGAACGAUAAGCUUUCCACAGAGUUAAUUUUUCAACCUUUUGAUUCAACAGAAUAAGCCAAUCGGUCCAUGUUUUGCAAUGUUGAGUUCUGAUGAGUGUUUUUCUGUUACUUAAAUGAUAUAAUCUCAAAAAAACAGACCAUUGUAGCCAUGCAUGAAAAAUAAAAGUAUUAAAAAUUGUAUUUACAUAUUUGCCAAAUAGUUUAAAUAAAGUAAAAGAAAAGGCAGUUUGUACUUGCUUACCAUUUGACAAUCAAACUGACAAUUUUUUAUUAUUUUGAAGUAAAUAAACUGACAGCACCAGUAGUUAAGCACAUAAGUUAUAAAAUUUAACACGAGUUUUGAAUCAGAAAAAAAAAAAAGAUUAUUCUGAUUAUUUUUCAGGUUCAUUAAUAUGACUUUAUUGGUAUGUAUGGCAAAUGGAUUUUUAAAAUGCGAAGUGGGGAAGAAUACUUUUGAUAUUAAAUACUUUAAAAAUGUGUACUGUAUUUAUUAUUACUGUUUGAAAGGAUGGCAUGACCCAUGAUGCACUAUCCUUUGUUUGCAAUAAUUUUAGGGAAAAAUUAUUUUCCUCGACAAUAUAUAAUAUAUAAAUAAAGUGAGAAAGUUCAUAUUUGUAUAAGGUAAAUAGCUUAUAACUUGUCAAAGAAAAUAAUAUAAUGAAAGCUACUGGGUGACUGGAAAACUGAGUUUAUUUCACAAUUUUAUUUUACUUUUCUUGUAAAUAAUGUGUAGGGGCCUAUAAUGUAAUAAAUUAUUUUUGUACAAUA